AGACAACUAGCUAUAUUAACUGAAGAAGCUUGCAAUAUGGAAGAACUCAGUAAUAUUGCAAAGGCUUAUUUAAUUUAAUGCCGGAUCAAAACAUACUCAAACACUUGCCAGGGAUUUUUUCGAAGCUAUGGAUGUAGACAAGAACGGACAGAUCGACUGUUGGGAGUUCAUGCAGUUCCUGAGAGUACAGGGCUACAAAGACUACGCAGACCAUAAAUUGUUUCAGAUAUUAGACAUAGAUAAAAGUGAAGGUCUGGAUUUCUGGGAGGUAAUGACUCUCUAUUAUAUCAUCAAAAGUGGGAGACCUUUCUGUUGGUCUUGCCAGAAGUUCAUAACAGCCGUAUAUUUUGUAUGUGUCAAUUGCUUUGAGAAGUCUGCGGCCCCGGUCUAUUUGUGUCCCGGCUGCUAUGAAGCCUGCAAGUACCGACACUCCCACGGCCCUCUUCCUCCACAAUUCCUCGACAAUUAUACAAUUCUUGAAGCCCACAGAGUAUCUUCCCUUGCCAAGAAUCAAGCGAAACAGUCUCCAUCCAUUGCAAAUAUGUCUGCCCUCCCUCCGGCCACUACUGCAUAUUCCUCGUCAUCUCAGGCUAUAGUUCCGGCAGUUAGUUAUGCAACGGCUAGGAGAGAUAACAACCAGAUAUUUUUGAAGGCGUACAGGGCAUUAGAGAUGGCAGCGAGUAUUGGGACCUUGGGUGUCAUUGUUGCCUCGUGUUCUAUUAUGUGAAACACAUCUGCACAAAACUCCCUAUUACAUAUAUUAGAGUAAACGACAAAGUGAUAACUGUUGUUUUCCAAAUUUUACAAAAUGUUGGCUGGACUUUAAAAACUACGAGAGUUUACUUCUGCCUUUUAAUAAGGUGGCGGCCGCCGGCCGUCAACAUCUGUUAACCCCAAAAAAUAAAAGAGUAAACGACAAGAUGGUGGAUGUAGUUUUCCAAAUUUUACAAAAUGUUGGCCGGAUUUCCACCAUUUUAUCGUUUACUUUUUUAUAUUUUGGAGUUAACGGAAGAAAAUUAACGGAGGUUCACGGCCGCCACCUUAUUAAAAGUCGGAAGUAAACUCUCGCCACCAUUAUGUAAUUUUUAAAGUGCAGCCAACCUCUUGUAAAAUUUGAAAAACUAUGGUCACUACUUUGUCGUUUAUUCUAUAUAUUAUAAGUAAAUCAUUUUGAUAUUUUUCCUAUUCAUUUUCAAGAUUUCUAAUUAUAAUUAAAUUAAUAUUUUUAAAUCAAAAUUUAAGACAAUAUUGAUUGAAAUAUAAAAUCAGAAUACUUGAAAAUGAUCAAAAAUAUUCAAACCAAGACGGGGGAGCAUAACUAUCUCCAAC